AUGAGUGACCAACUGUCAGAGGGAGAUGGGGGCAGUGACAGGCCAGUUGGUGGAGAGCAAGAGGAGCUGCUUAGUCCUUUCGAGGCUCACCUUGACAGCUUAGCAAGUCAUGAUUUUCUGCGUGGUUCGGAAGAUGGUCGACAGCAGUCUCCUUUUCGCAGUGCGAGUUUUGACCCUAGUGAACUGGAAGAGGCUCAAUGGUAUUCGAAUGCGAAUGUAUCUGAGAGGGCAGGCAGCAUUCGAUCUUUUUCUGCUGCGGCUGCUGACCGCUCGGGGCCUUCGCAUUCUUGCGGACCUUCUUUCGCUACAGUAAGUGGAGCUGCAUUAUCGGCUGGAUCAAUCAAUGUGUCAGCGGCCGUUGCCGCGGCACACCAAAGCCUUCCGGCCCCUGGCAUUAGAUUUUUCUGGGAAAGUGGUUUUUGGUCUCAGAUUUUUGGUGGCAGGGACGACGCUGCAAACUUAUAUGGGGCAGACUUCAAGAGGCCCGAGGCACCUGUGCUUGGUGAGGCCGAGCUUCAGCCCAGGAAAGUGCCCAGACAGUCUGGGCCGUCAGUUGGAGCGGUGGGCGGCUCCUCCUUCUUGAAUGCUGUGCGUGAUCGUGAAGUUCUCAGCUGGAAGCAGAAAAGAGAUAAGGAGAGGGAUGAGGCUCUUUCUCUCUGGGAAUCUUUGCUAGUUACCUGGCCUGAAAGGAUUACUGUGAUCGGCCAGAUUUUGGUACUCGAACCACAGGUCCGCAGAGGUAUGGUGGAAGACCUCUUGGGAGGCAAGGCACCGGCCACUCUGAGGAAGAGGUAUCGCUCAGUUUUGGGGUAUGCUUUAUUCCUUCGCAACCGGAGGGUCGAUUUUCCUGGCAGCGAGGAGUUGUUUUAUGCUUACAUGUGCAUGUUGCGAGAGGAGGGCAAGCCAUCGUCUACUCGCAAGUCGCUGCUUGAGGCUAUUACUUUUUGCCGAUUUGUUUUGGGGAUCCCCGAGCUGGCUUCCUUGGGGGAGAGCAAACGCUGCCACGGUUCUGCAAGGGCCCGUGACUUCAAGCCUCGAGUGCAGGCUUCUCCUUUUACCGUGGAGGAGCUCAGCAAGUUGCAUCGAAUAUUGUUUGAGGACCCUGAGCCGUGGAAUCAACUCAUGGCUGGAUCCCUGUUAUUUUGUGUGUACUCCCGCGCCCGGUGGGAAGAUUUGGAGCAUGCUGACCGCCUCAUAAUCGAUAGGGCCGAUGAUGGCAUGGCUGCGUACAUCGAAGCAUCGGUCGGGGUACAUAAGACGAUGGGUGCAAAGAUUAUGAAAGGGCAACUUUUGCCUCUGGUUGCACCGGCUGUUGGGGUGGUAGAUGGCAACUGGAUCGAGCAGUACGUCAAGGGGAUGCCAACGAUUAGAAGCUUGGAUUCGGAUGAGGCUGGGGACUGGGCCCGACUGCUCUUGUUUGGAAGCAAGGAGGUUCGCCCGGAGCGUCGUGUCUCGAGUCAUUCUUGCAAGUGCACGUGCAUCAGCUUUGCGACGAAGUUUGGGGCUAGCCCUGAGGAAUUGCUUUUGCUGGGAUAUCAUACUGGUGACUUUAAGAUGCCUUUGACAUAUGGUCGGGAUUCUGCCGCGCCUACUUUGAUUCUGCUUAAUAGAGUUCUCCUCGCCAUCCGACAGGGAACUUUCAAGCCUGAUUGCACCAGGAGCGGCCGAUUCGUGAAGCCUUGCUCAGGUGCUGUUGUGGAAAUCAAAGAUGAGGAUUCAGUAUUGCCUGAGGCUGAACCGUGCGAAGAGCCAGUUUCGUCUGAAGCUGCGACCACUGGCUCAGGCAGCAGCUCGGAGUCUUCUUCCGCGCCGGUUCAGGGUAAGCCUUCGUUUGCAAGGUGGGUUAUCCCUGACCCACCGGAAGGGAUGAGUUAUUUCGAGCAUACCAGAUUAAAGACUUUGCAUCUUGUGCAAGACGGGCAUACGAGAAGCUUCGCAUGUGGCCGUUCCAUUGGGCCGCUGCAUAGGAAGCUUACUGAUCGUCCAGGUCCGGUGUACACUCGAUGCAGGAUGUGCGCAAAGAUCGCGGAGGCAUGA